AAACUAUCAGCCGUCUUCCUUUUUAUAAAUUCGCUUUCUAUGGUAACUCGAAAAUGAAAGUAAUUUCUUAUCUCUCAAAUAAUAAUGAUAGAUGAAAAAAGAAAGCACUUCAUGCUGAAAAUGUGUUCCCAUACUUUCGAUUGUGAUCACCAGGUAACAUCGAUUCAAAGACAGUCAGUAGUUAAAGAGUAUACAAGAGUAGUGCAGUUCUAUUUCUUUCCAAAGAAUAGAUUCAUAACCAUGUAAAUGUAAAUAAUCGAGUAAUAGAUGUCUAGCGAAACUUUUGUACCAUUUUAUCUUAUCUUCCAAAUAUUUAGGAAGAAGCUAGAUCUAACACUUUAAAUUUACAAUGGAUGAGAUUCUCAACCGUUAAGUUAUUUUUUCUUAUAAAAUGAUUUGUUUUUUCAUGAUUUCGAAGAGCUUUGGAAAGAGAUGAAACCAUACUAUUGUAAGUCCUGACUAUCUACAAAUCUAUGUUACCUGGUUUCUGUUAGUUAUGAGUAGAUAUUACAUUUUAUUAUCGCUGAUAAUAUUAAGGUUAUGUUGAUUGUAUCUAUUUAUCACCGGAUUUAAUGUAUUAAAAUAUUUUUCUUAAUACUAUUUUAACGAGGUUGAAGUAUAAAAACAGAAGGUUUCGUUAAGACGCAAUUGUUUUAGAUAUUUUUAAUCGUGCACAAUGCCUUGAAUAUGAGAAAAGAACGAAUUGCGGUAACACACUAUCUUCAUAUUUCCGACUACUGCACGAAUAGUCAUUUGAAGGUUAUCCUGUUUCUCUCUGGAAUCUAGAAAGUCAUCUUAUAGCCCAGAUAUUGACUUUUGACAAAUAAGAUAUUGGCACUUCUUGUUAUCGUAUACAUGAAUUUUUUUACCAUUACAAUGCACAUUUCAUAAACACUAUCCUCUUCGCUGUAUUCGUGUGUUCGCGAAUUGACCGUGUGACCUUUCGUUCGUUGUUCUACUGCGAACGAUUGCUUCUUUGUUUUUGUUGACUAAUACAUAAUUAGUCUCUGUUAUAUACGACAUUCUCUGAGCGCGUCACACAACUGGUCUAGUCGAAAAUAUACGAGCUGAACAUUGUAAAAAGUAAAAAUUAAACCAUAGAAUUGUGUGUGUAACUCUGAUUCAUAGUACGUUUUUUUUUCUCUUAUUGUACGAUGUGUGAAAUGAUUUUAUAAGUAUAUAAAUGAAAUUUAAGUUAGGCUUAAAAAAAAAAGAGAUUAAACCCAACAUAGUAUUGAUAUUGAGAUAGACUUUUAGACAUAUCCAUUAGUGUUUAAAAUCAGUUAUCAAUUGAACACUUGAAAUCUCUAAAUGUAUAGUACCCACCCAGAAACUGACUCAAAUGUCUUGAGCUUUUCAUCGUUGCACAGAGCUUAUCAAACUGUAGUUAAAAUACCAUUGUAGACGAAUCAACUCGAAGGAAGUAUGAAUCUUAUAUUGAUCCACACUUCGUCUGUAAUAUCAUCGUUAUACAAUUAAAUUCUAAUAAUGUACUAUGUAUGCCUUUUAAUUUAAACUUUUAGAUUUUCCAACAAAUUCAACAUCAACUGUAGUAAUGAUUGAAUCUGAUUCACAAUUAUCGACUAGCAAUAUUAUGAAAUCAAUAAUGGAACAAAUCGAUGCAUCAAAUAAACAAUUACUUAAACAUCCUGUACAAUUUACAUAUGAAGAUUUACAUACACGUCUUGAACCAAUUAUUCACAAAAUGAUCGAUUCUGAAUAUUCAGUUCUAUUUCGUCAGCCAGUCGAUCCUGUUGCACUUAAUAUACCUGAUUAUCCAACAAUAAUUAAAAAUCCCAUGGAUAUAUCAACCAUGCAUAAUAAAUUAUUAUGUGGAGAAUAUAAAAAUCCAUUACAAUUCUGUGAUGAUGCAUGGCUUAUGUUUAAUAAUGCAUGGCUUUUUAAUAGGAGAUCAUCACGUGCCUAUAAAAUGUGUACACAACUUUCACAACUAUUUGUUGAAUCUAUUGAUCCUGUUUUAAAAGAAUUAGGCUAUUGUUGUGGUCAACAAUAUAUAUAUAUAUACCAUCUCCUAUGCUAUGUUAUGGAAAGCAACAAUGCUGCGAAAUCUCACUUUAAUCUAUCCAAUGAUGUAUAUAGAUUUUGUUUUACAUGUUUUAAUUCGAUUAAAACUGAGUCAAUAUUUAUCGGUGAUGAUCCAACUCAAACAUUAGUUGAAAUACCAAAAAAAUUAUUUCUAUUAGCUAUAAAUGAUAAAGAAAAACCUGAAAUAAUGAUUGAUUGUAUUGUUUGUACACGUCGUUGGCAUCAAGUAUGUGCCUUAAAUUUAGAUCAAAUAUGGUCUAAAGGUUUUAUAUGUAAUACAUGUGUAUGUCAAUAUAAUAUAAAACGUAAAAAAAAUUGUUAUAUAGCACAAAAAUUAAUAGCAACUGAUUUAUCAUCACGAUUAGAACAACGUGUUAAUAAAUUUUUACAUGAUAAAGAUUGUUAUGAUAGUCGUGUUACAAUUCGUGUAUUAGCUUCUAGUGAUAAACAAUGUAAAGUAAAACCACAAUUAAAAAAAUAUUAUUCAAAUCAAAUAGUAUAUGAUAAUUAUCCAUAUCGUACAAAGGCUAUAUUUGCUUUUCAAGAAAUCGAAGGUGUUGAUGUUAUUUUCUUUGGUAUGUAUGUACAAGAAUAUGAUGAAUAUUGUCCUCCACCAAAUACACGUCGUGUUUAUAUAUCACAUUUGGAUACAGUACCUUUUUUU